UGAUAGCGCCUUGGGAGUUAACUACUUUGUUAUAAGAUGCUUUUGUGAUGUAUUUUUGCGGCCUUUUCGGUUUUUCUCUUUAUUUUCAGAAUUAUUUAAGAAGGGAGGAAAUGGGACCUGUAAUUAGAAGCUUUUAUAGUUAGUAUUCACUUACAUUUGAAAGUAAGUAUAAUGAGUUCUAAUGGAGAUGUGGAAUCAGGUUCAUCAGUGCCAGAUCUGGAUCUGGAUAUUGCAGAGAUCGAUGACAAGGAUUUCACACUACCGCCUGCCGAGAAAACAUUGGUCAAAACUAACAUAAAUGAUGAUGAAUCUGUGAUAAGUGAAGAUGAUAUUCCCAAUUAUUUACAUCAAGAACUCCUUAAUCCAGGCUUCGACGAUAAAGGUGAAACUGGAUCGGUUAGUAGUGUUGGGAGUAAAGGAGCAAAUUGUAUUUUCACACAUAAGAAGCUUGACCCUCUACCAAAUAUUUUGCGGCAUGUUGUUCUCAAAGUUGUUUCUGCACAUCUACAGCUUUCAGGAGAAGGUGAUUGCACGGCCAUGGCUGUUGGCUGCCUCAUUGGUAUUGGGACAUCUACAGGAGCGAUUCUUUGUUAUGAGAAAUCGCAGAAGCAUCGGUGGACGCACAAUCAGCCUGAAGAUGGACCAGUCACAGCCAUUGCGAUCAACACAGACUCUACAAGACUAUUGGCAGGCUAUGCCCUUGGCCUUGUCCUUAUGCUCGAUACAGCUGAUGCUAAAGUCCUAAGGGUUAUUUCACCUGAGUCUCAUACACUUUCAACUGCUGUCCUACAUGUUAAAUUUACAGAUAUUCCUUCUCUUGCUCUACUCUCUGACUCUGGUGGCUCAGUUUUUGAAAUAUCCCUGAAGAGGGUGUUGGGAGUUAGGUCAUGGGAUUCAAGGUGUAUAUUCUCUGGCAGCAGAGGUGAAGUGGUUGCCGUUGAACCUCUUCUGUUAAACAAACUUCCAACACAUCCUUUAGCUGGAUCAUUGCUGGUUGCGGUUGCAACUUUAUCUAAGGUGUUGCUGAUAAGUCUAAGACCUGGAACGAGGUUAUUGUUCACUCAAAGCUUACGUUCUGUUGCUACAACACUACCGCUCCUGUCCUGGCAAUUUGUCGUUAUACAAGUGGCUGAUAGCAUGCGCGUCAUGGACCCGGUGCUUGCGGUUGCUAGACACGAAUCAAUCUUUUUCUACCAGGUGAGUGUUGAAAGAUCUGGACGCCUCUCAUGUCAUGGACUUCACGGAUUAACCUUGAACUAUUCGGCGAUGGCUUGCCAUUGGCUCAGCCCAAGGACCAUAGCCGUGCUAGACACCGAAUCCAUGUUGCAUUUAGUCGAUGUGAGGACAAAAGCUGAGCUACAAGUUGCCGACCUUUCUGGGAUAGGAUUAGUUUUUAAUUCUUUUGCUUUUGAGGGAGCCUGUACCGGAGGCAAUGUCAGCAAAGCAAUGGCUCUAGCUGGGAAAAAGGCUUGCUACAACUCAGUAGCUAGUUUUGGAAAUCAGCUUUUACUACUUGAACCAAAAGCACUUCAUGUUAUCUCUAUUAGAUUCUGGUCUGAGAGGAUAGACAACUUAAUUAAAGCGAAUAGGUUUGAAGAGGCAUUAAAGCUUGGAAUGAAUUUCUAUGAAGAACGAGAAAAAGCUGUACUGGGUUUAAAAGGGACUAGAGAAAUUCGUCGGAUGCAAGUUAAAGAAAAGGUUGUAGAUACACUUUCGAAGUUCAUCGAUAACAUACUAGCUGACGAUCCAGAAAUUAACUUAUGUGAAGCCAUUCCUCUGGUUGUCGAAUAUUGCCUCGAUUUAGACCAAAAAGAUCUGAUCUUUGAUAAAUUGUGGAAUGGACUGAACGAUGGCAGAUCCUUAUUUUUAGAAUCCAUGGAAGCUGCGAUAUUGGAGGGAAAAUUGGUCCAAAUACCUCCUGAAGUAAUGCAGAGGCUAGUUUCUUUCCAGCAAUCCAAGCAGUCGUGGGAUAUUCUUGAAGAAUGCAUCCAGAGGGUGGAAGUGACCUGCUUAGAUAUUGAACAGGUCAUUAAGUUAUGCAAGAAACAGAACCUCUACUCUGCGCUGAUAUCAGUUUGGAAUAGAGCAAUGAGUGAUUAUACUAGUCCAAUUAUCGAACUAGUCCCAAAACUCAAAUCCUUUCUAACAAACGAAGGCUCAGCUAGCAGUGAAUGUAGGAGGCUCGGAAAUUUGCUGUUGGUGUAUGUUGCCUCUUGUCUGUCCGGCAGCCUCGGAGAGGAAAAAGGCGAGCGUGCUCAAGUAGUUCGAGCGAUGGCUAGCCAGCACAGCUUGUCAGCUCCUGAUGAUGAACCUCCUUUCCCUUAUAUUAGGACACUUCUGGAAUUCGAUAGUCGGGAGUUCUUAAAUGCUCUUGUAAUAGCUUUUUCCGACACUGGUUUAUCUAUGACGAUGAAGCAGCGCCUUGUUGACAUUAUUAUACAAGUGAUGACUGACGGAACCAGUUUCAGGUGUACAGAUAUUGCAAGAGCACUUACAACCCUCCGUAGCUCCACUGUCGGAAGAUCACUUAGGAUGGAAGCCUCUUUGUAUACGGAUACUGUGUCGAGACUAGUCACCGAAGAAGAAGUUCCUGCAGCAGAAAGGGAAUCAGCUUUGUUGCAGCUGUUCCUGUCUGGAGCCCUCUCUUGCCUUGAACAUGACGUUCUUUUAGAAUUUGCUAAAUCUGCAAAUUUUUAUCAGGUAUGUUCUGUCAUCCAUGAGAGGCGUGGCGAUUACGGCGAAGUGCUGAAGAGCCAGCUAGCUGAUCCGAACAGGAGGGAGCACGUCUUUUCUUUUUUUGAGCAGUCUCCUCAUAAACAUGAUAUGGGAAUUUUAGAACCUGAAAACAUGGAAGCAUUAUUAAAAAUUGAUGCUAAGAAAACUGGUCAGCUCUUGGUCAGGCACAUCCCAGAGUCUAUUUCAGAUAUUAUUACAAAGCUAUCUGAAGAACAACUUUAUCCAUUCCUUCAAGGCAUGAUAGAGGAAAGUGACCUAGAUACAGAACACAUGACCAGAUACGUCUGCCUAAUGUGUCGAUUUGAGCCUCACAAGGUUCUUCAAGUCGUGAAAUCGCAUGAUAACAUUGAAUUAGACCCUGCUAUUAAGGUUUGUCAGGAGCGGGGGCUGGACGAAGUAACUGCUGUCUUGCUGGAAAGGAGUGGUGAUGUCCAGGGAGCAUUUAAUGUUCUCCUCUCGAGGCUACAAACUGCUAUCAAGAAUGAGGAAAAAGAUACAGAAAGGAUGACUGAAGAGCUUGUGAGCCUGGCGCAGCGGGGAAGCACAGUAUUAGAUUCUAAAACGUCAUGGAUGCCUCUACUUAUGUGCCUUCUUAAGUUAAACUCCACAGAACUCCUUCAAAGGGUUUUGAAUAAUGCUGAUCUUAAUUUGGUCUCAGAGCUUCAUUUACUCAUGCAGCAUAGUCGCGGAACUUUAGGUGAACUAAGAGCUUUAAUUAUGGGUUUGUUUGUGAAGUGCCGACAUCAGAAGAGGAUGCUGGAAGCUACGAAACGUCUUCACAUGAGCGGAUUACAUGGAGAAUUGGCUGUUGCACUCGACCAAGCAAAAGUAGGCUGCAGAUCCCCAUUAUUCUGCCACAUAUGCAGUGCCCCAUUCUCUUCUGGCCUAUAUCUUUUCAGAUGCGGACAUGGUUACCAUGAAGAAUGUAUUCUGCCCAACACUAAGUGCAUAGAAUGCUACAAGGAUUCCUAGACGAUUUUUUGUCAUCUACAUAGGUUUACGAGACAAGAGAGCUUUAAGCUGGUGUAGCGAGCCAGCGAAACAUUCCAUUCGGCAGGGAUCGGCUGGCCUCUAAGGUGGUGCAAGACCUCUGGCUAGUCUUUUAAACCAAAUAAGGUUACCUCUGCUCUGGAGGCCCAUUUACGACUGUUCUACUUAUCACUCCUGACUGAUGUAUAUCAAGGUGCUCUGGUAUUUUGGCAAUAUUAUGUUAAAUUGAUUAGUUCUCCUCCUCCUUUUUAUCUUAUUGGUAUUUACUUAAUGUUACGACGGUGAAUGAAUUAUAUAUGAGAAAUAUCAAUCGAUUAACUGAAGCCUUUACCUAAAAUUAUUGUCAUAGGUUGUCAAAAGUAAUGGAUAGUAAUGUAGUAGCCUACUUAAGUUAAUUAAAACCUUAUCCAAAUUGUCUUCGCUAAAUUUUUGUACUGUGAUGAAUAUUGUGUGUGUGUGUGUGUGUUUGUUUGUGUAUAUUUGUAUGAUAUUAUUUUAAAUGUACAUCGUUCCUUACAUUUUGUUAUUAUCAUUAAAUUAGAAUUAUUAUACAAAAUAAUAUACCUGUGUAAAGAUAUUUUAAUGUAUUUUUUUCUUUGAGAAUUGUUGACUAGUGUAUGAAUGGACAUUUGUUAAGAGAAUUAUAUAUUUUAUUAACUUAAAUUGUUUGUUAAAACAAACAUAGAGUGAUGUAUAAAAAAAAAACGAAAAAAAAAAAUUAUCAUUAGUGAUAUAACAAAAGUUACUCAGAAAAGUGUAGUUAUUUUACUGGUGUCCAAUAUUUAUGUGCUUGUAAAACAUAUUUAAAUGUGAUUAAUUUGUUUUGUUUUUUAUAAAUUAAUUUAUAUCUGAAAUUACUUAAAUGUAUCUUUUCAUGCAUUCCACAUCUACUUUUGUUUUUUUAAGCAGUAAAUUCUUGUUUUACACUGCUACCUUAAUAGGAUGUCUCUAGGUAAAAUACUUGAUUUGAGUUUAAUUAUUAUAGAAAGUGGCAAAAAUUACCUAGCAUGCCUCAAUUAAAUAAAUAUUUAUUAAUA